UUAUUGAGGAUAAAAAAUUAAAAAAAAUUUGCAUGCGAGGAGUCGAUGAAUGGGAAAAUAACACGCCCGAAAUAAAAGCAAAAAUUAGUUUCUAUUUCGGAGGAAGGACUCGGAGCCUGAAAAUUCUCAGGGAAGGGCUUUCCGGCCAAUUAUAAAUACCUUCGCCCCUUCCAUUAUAUAUUAAUGCCAUCACCAAACCAUAUCUUCUCCUUCUCGUUUUAUUUCUCGUUUCCCUUCAUUUUCUCGCCGCUUCCACGAUGACGGUCCUCGUUGAGAAGCCGAAGUUUGGAGAUGCGGCGGUGGUGGCGGCGGAGGAGGGGAAGGGGGUGAAUGGAGAGGCGGACUUGUCGCUGGACGGAGGGUUUUUGGUGCCGGAUGCCAAUGCAUUUGGCCACGGCUUUAGGGACUAUGACGUGGAAAGCGAAAGGCAACAAGGGGUGGAGAAUUUCUACAAACUCAACCACAUAAAUCAAACUUACGACUACGUGAAGAAGAUGAGAAAAGAGUACGGCCAGGUGAACCGUGUGGAGAUGAGCAUAUGGGAGUGCUGCGAGCUUCUCAAUGAUGUAGUCGAUGAGAGCGAUCCAGACUUGGAUGAGCCUCAAAUCCAGCACUUGUUGCAGUCCGCUGAGGCCAUCAGAAAGGAUUAUCCCAAUGAAGAUUGGCUGCAUUUGGCUGCUCUUAUACACGACCUUGGAAAGGUGCUUCUUCUUCCAAGCUUCGGGGGUCUUCCUCAAUGGGCAGUUGUAGGAGACACCUACCCUUUGGGUUGUGCUUUUGAUGAAUCCAUUGUCCACCACAAGUAUUUCACGCAAAAUCCUGAUUGCCAUAAUCCGGCUUACAACACUAGAUAUGGAGUUUACUCGGCGAAUUGUGGACUCGACAAUGUAAUAAUGUCUUGGGGGCAUGAUGACUAUAUGUAUAUGGUGGCAAAGGCGAAUAAUACUACUCUACCUUCUGCAGCUCUUUUUGUUAUCAGAUACCACUCAUUUUACUCAUUACAUAGAUCAGGUGCAUAUAAGCACUUGAUGAAUGAGGAGGAUGGCGAAAACCUGAAGUGGCUACACAUAUUCAACAAAUAUGAUCUUUACAGUAAGAGUAAAGUUCACGUCGAUGUCGACAAAGUGAAGCCAUACUAUCUCUCUCUCAUUGAGAAGUACUUCCCUGCCAAGCUGAAAUGGUAAAACAAGAACUUUGAGAUUUGAGAGUCCUGUGAAUUGUUUAUACAAAAAGGUGAAAUGAGACCAGCGACAGGAUGCAGUAGGCUAGAGAUUUGAAGCUGGGUAACUUCCUUUGUAUUGUGGGAGUAAGAGUUGUGUAUUUCAAAAAAAAAAAAAAAGGGAAAAAAAAGAAUAAGGGUUGUGUUUUCUAGCUUCUCUGCAAAUAUUGUACUAUAUUUUCACUCAAUAAAAAAAUUGGUUGAUUC